AUGUCGACGGCUGCAUCUGUCUUUCGAUCCAUAGCACACGCACGGAAGACUGCGAAGCGAUUCCAAACGGGCCGUGUCAUCCCACGAGACGUUCUGCAAGAUGUGCUGGAAUCCACCCUGCGAGCACCCUCUGGAUUCAACCUCCAGCCAACGCAAAUCAUCAUGGUGCAUUCUUCUUCGUUGAAGAAACAACUUUCCGAUCAGGCCAUGUUGGGAUUGGGGAACCAGUACCGGACCAUGGAUUCUUCGACUCUGGCAGUCUUCUUGUCGGAUUUGGAGGCGGGAAAGCGCAUUGAACGAAUUCAUGAACUAGAACACGCAUCGAAAAUGAGGCAUCCCAAUUAUUUGGGUCAGAUGCCGCUCGCAUCGUCCUUUCUGUUGGGACAAGGACAUGCUGCCACAUUGGUCAAAAACAUGGCAACCGACUUCUUGUCCGAAUGGCAACCCAUGCCAUUGGUGGAGCCCGUUCAUGCCUGGGCAUACAAGAACACGGCACUGGCGCUACAAUCCUAUGUGUUGGCAGCCACCAGUCAUGGUCUUGGGACUGCCAUUAUGGAAGGAUUUGAUGCACGGAAAUUAAAAGAAAUAUUGCGGGUUCCGGAUCGAUAUGCUGCCUGCGCUUGUGUCGCUACUGGAUACGAGUAUCAAGAAGACGACAGCAACAAUGAAGAAAGUAAGCCUUCACCGAGGCUAGAAUUGGAGGAAGUUGUCUUUGGAGAUACCUUUGGGCAAGCUUGGGAGUUCGAUGAUCCAUCCCAAGAAGAAGAGGAGGUAGAGGAUAGCACUGCCAAAACAGCUUGA